AUGGCAGAGAUAUCAGAGGGAGAAUCUAAUUUCCACGCGCUAUUGCAAGCGUUCGUGAUGAUCGUCGUAUCUGAAAUAGGAGAUAAAACAUUCUUGAUAGCUGCUAUCAUGGCUACGAGGCAUCCUCGAUUGACCGUUUUCGGUGGUGCUUUUGCUAGUUUGGUAGUCAUGAGUAUAUUAAGUGCUGCUUUGGGUAGAGUGAUUUUGGGUUUGAUACCGAAGGUAUGGACAUUAUGGGCAGCUUCCAUCUUGUUCUUGGUAUUUGGAGCUAAGAUGCUUCAAGAAUCAUUUGCCAUGUCAGGUGGUAAUUCUCAUAUUCAAGAAGAGAUGAGAGAAGUUGAAGAAGAAUUAGAAGAAGAUUCAGCUGUUCACGAUACUCACAACGCCAGAGGAACAUCAUCCAAUAUACCUUUAGAAUCACUAGAAGAAGGAAUGGGUAUGAGCAAUACAAAUGGAAACACAUCUUCAUUCGAUAUUCCACGCACUACUUCUUCUUUAUCGAAUACCAAUACUUCAUCAUCUUCACCAUCAAGAAAUAAGAGACCAUCUUUCUCUUUAUCAACUUCUUCAACUAAGUCAAUGAAAUCAGGUCCAUCAAUACAUUUCCCUUUAUCGGGUAGACAAAGUAAUGUGGGUCCAUUGGAAACCAAACAUUGGGCAAUAACCAUAAAAGAAAAUAUCAGAAGUGGUUUACAAGUUUUAACAAAUCCUGUAUUUGCUCAAGCUUUCGUCCUCACUUUCUUAGGUGAAUGGGGGGAUAGAAGCCAAAUUACAACUAUAGCAAUGGGUGGUGCUCAUAGCGUAGCAGUCAUCGCUUUUGGUACUAUUCUAGGACACGGUCUGUGUACGGCAGGAGCGGUCAUAGGUGGACGGUAUCUAUCUACUAAGAUAUCUGUAAAACACAUCUCGUUACUAGGUUCAGCAGCAUUCAUUAUAUUCGCUUUCUUAUAUGCCCUAGAGGCUUAUUAUUAUAGACCCGAGUUGGAUACCGCUACUUUUUAA